GUGACAGACGUUGGUGUAUCUCUGCGCAUUAGAGAAUGAAGUUGCUUACGAUUUGUUUAGCUUUUGUGGCUGCGGUUUUUGCCGCUCAAGAUACACCAGACUACGAAGGAUAUCAUGUCGUCUAUGUGAUUCCUGAUACUGAACAUCAAGUUGAAUGGCUGAUGCAAUUAGAAGGAAAAGAUGGAAUUGACUUUUUGAAAAGCACUCGCAAAGUUGGUGUUGCCGCUGAAAUUAUUAUUCCCAAGGAACAAGUUUCAAGCAGCUACAAACUCUUCUCUAUGCUCGAAAUGAGAUACUUUACAGUUACUGAGAAUGCUGCUGCUGAUUUGAAGAGAAAUUUCCUUAUGAGAAACGAUAAACCAAGAGUAUUUGACAUCAACGAUUUCAAUACUUUUGAAGACAUCCUUGCUGGUUUGGAUGAUUUCGUUGCCAGAUGCCCAAGCGGUGCUUCCUGUACUUUGGAAGAUAUCGGUAAUAGUCCCCAAGGAAGACCAAUCAGACUUUUGAAAAUUACUAAGCCAGGAACUCGUAAAAUUGUUUGGUUCGAUUCCGCUAUCCACGCCAGAGAAUGGUUGGCUCCAGCUACCAAUUUGAAAUUGUUGGACGCCAUAAUUUCCCAACAAGAUUCCAACGCCGUCUCUCUAUUUAACAAAUACGAUUUCUAUUUCGUCAUUGUUAUGAACCCAGAUGGUUACGUUUACAGUUGGCAAGAUUUCACUACUAGAUUCUGGCGUAAGAAUAGAAGCCCUAACGUUGGAUCUUCAUGUGUUGGUACUGAUUUGAACCGUAACUAUGACGCCAACUGGCUUAACGAUGGAACUUCAACCAAUCCAUGCUCUGAUACCUAUGGUGGAUCUUCUGCAGCUUCUGAAGUUGAGACUCAAGCCGUUCAAAACUACCUUCGUAACAUCGGUAGUAAUAUUAUUUCUCUUACUACAAUCCACACAACUGCUCAAAUGAUCCUUAUCCCUUACGGACACACUGAUGCCAACGGAGAGUGUGCUUACCCAUCUGACCAUCAAGAUCAAUUGGCCGCCGCUAAUGCCUUCGCCGAUGGUAUCGAAAACACUUUCGGAACCUCAUGGGAUAGAGGAACAGUAUGCACUACCAUCUAUCCAGCUUCUGGUGCCACUAUGGAUUUUGCUUAUGAUACCGCUGGAAUUAAAUAUUCUUUCACUCCUGAACUUCGCGGACCAGGAUUUGAUCCACCAGCAAGUGCAAUUCAACCAAGUUUUGACGAAGUUUGGAAUGGCGUUGUAGAUCUUAUGGCCCAAAUUGAAACACUUGAAGGUAAACAAUAA